GGAAAUUGUGUUUAUACGCUAACAUCCAAGCUAAAAUUGCCUGCUUGUGGAAUCUAGCCAAUUUUACUGGGAUUUUAUCAACAUCAAAAUUACAUCGAAGCAAAAAAUUCUAAACCACCAACAGAGUCAAAUAAAUACUUAGGGAAGACAUUCCAAAUACUGUUCUGGUUCUUCAUAUCCAAUUUAUUUAAAAAGUAUUAUUUAGAGUAUUGAAAUCUAAAACCUCAAGACCUCCAUGUUCUUGGGUAUUAGUGAGAAUAUAUUUCCGUAGAUAGUGAGGCUUGUUCCUCCAAAUCAAAUUAUAAAGAAUCUUAUCCAAGUCCUUUACAAUUUUAGGGGAUAAUUCAAGUGAUAACGAGACAUAAACCGAUCUGGAUAACCCUUCAGCUUUGGACAUUAAAACCAGACCAUGUAACGAAAUAUCUCUCAGCAACCAGAGGUUAAAUUUCUUCUUUGUUUUCUCAAUAAUGGGGUCAAAGUUUAAUUCACUCCUUUGUUUUUCAUCCUUGCAUAUAACAAUUCCAACAGAAGUAAACUUAAUCUUUCAUUUGGAUACCAUAUACUUCCCGUAAAACACAAUCCUUGAGUGGAAAUAAGACUGACUUAUUGAUAUACAUUUUCAAACCUGAAACGAAGGAAAAGUCUUCAAUACAGGAAACUGCUAUAGAAACCUCAUUCCUGUCUUUCAAGAAUAUGGCGGUAUUAUCACCCAGUUGACAUAGUUUAAAUUCAUUGCAGUCAGGGGUACUUGGAGACGACAGUUAACCCGAUGACGUUUUUCUGCGUCUGAGUUUAGCUAGCCAACGUCGCCUACAAACGUUAUCGGGGAUUUCUAUUAGAGAAGCAGUUUCUGCUUAUCUUCAUACUGUGCUGUCUUUGUUCAUAUUAUCUGACGAUAGUCACUCACUUUUUUUGCCUGGACGCGGAGGGCGGAUGUAAACGACUACACAGAGCUAUGAAAACUGCGGGCGUAAAAAUGAGCUAAUUAGUUUAGCGGGCGUACAAAAUGGCUAAUUAGUCAGCUUGACACGUACGUUUUGAUGGAUUUUCGUUGAACUUGCUUUCUUCCUUGCGAGCAAAUGUAGCCUGCUAGCUAACGUUAGUUAGUAAGCUUAUUUUUAAUGUUUCCAGGUGACGAGCGACACGACUCAGAUACGAUGGCAGACAGCGCUGGAGCUAAGAAUGAUAAUUCCAAAAUGGAAAGUCCACCUGUUAGCCCCUUGUCCGGGAGGGAAAAGCCUCCAGAGUCCCCUGGCUCUCGCUCAAGGUACCAGGUCAGCGCACCCGGACACAGUUUUAGGAAAGUGACUCUCACCAAGCCAACGUUCUGCCACAACUGCAGUGAUUUCAUAUGGGGUCUUAACGGAUUCGUUUGUGAAGUGUGUAACUUUAUGUGCCAUGAAAAGUGCCUGAAGAUGGUGAGGACUGUGUGUUCAUGCAUGGCCCCAACACAGGUGCGGGUCCCUGUCGCCCAUUGCUUUGGUCCAGCAGGGCAGAAAAAGAGAUUCUGCUGUGUGUGUCGAAAGCAUCUGGAGGGAAACACUGCCGUUCGUUGUGAAGUUUGUGAGCUACAUGCCCACUAUGACUGUGCUACGUUCAGUUGUGGCGACUGCCGUCUCUGUCACCAGGAUGGGAGUCAGGACUUUGCCAAGGAUACGUUCCCCCACCACUGGCGGGAGGGGAACAUUCCUUCAGGUGCACGCUGUGAGGUCUGCCGGUGCACCUGUAGCUCCUCAGACGUCCUGGCGGGGAUGCGGUGUCAGUGGUGUGGUAUUACGACACACGCUGCCUGUUAUCUCAUUGUGCCGCCAGAGUGCGGUCUGGGACGGCUACGCAACAUGCUUCUUCACCCUGCUUGUGUGAGAAUAUGCUCGAGGAACUUUAGCAAGAUGCACUGCUACCGCAUCUCUGAGAGCUACCAGAAUGAGCUGGAUAACUUGGAAGAUGCUGACAGACCUACAAAGGAGAGCCAGCUGGCAACCACACCAGAUUCCGCUGCAGGGAAGCAGGUUCUCAAGGUGUUUGAUGGGGAUGAUGCAGUCAAGCGUAGCCACUUUCGUUUGGUCUCCAUUCCUCGGAUAACCAAGAAUGUGGAAGUAGUGGAGUCAGCGUUGAGGGCCUUUUACAUCCCAGAUGACCCCCUGGAAUAUGAGCUCCAAGACAACGGCCAGCAGGCUCUAGUCGAUGACGACGUCCUCAACCAUAACGGCACCACCGAUAAGGCAAUCUUUAAGGAGAAUGUGCCCGAGGCGUGGCUCCUAAGGGCCAAACCUCAGGAAACCGAGGUCCUCAGGAUCUAUGCCGGCUGGCUCAAGGUUAUUGUGGCGUACAUAUCCAUCUCCAAGAACAGCACUGUGGAUUCUGUCAUUAAGGAGGUCCUCACUCAACUGGGAAAACAGAAUGAAGACCCAUCAAGCUUCAAUCUUGUGGAGGUUUACAUGGGCAGUAAGCAAGUUCAGAGACGAGUGCUGACAGGCCAUGAGCUGCUGCUGGACAAACUGCAGGAGAUAAGGAAGAUCUCCCUGAGGCAGAUGAACCAGACCCGUUUCUACAUCGUGGAGAGCAGGAACAGGAUUGUGCAGGUCAACCUGCUUCUAGAGGGACUGCCUGUACAGCUGAGCAAGGAGGAAUAUGCAGACCUGCUACAGGAGCACUUAGCUAUCAAGAGUCACUUGGUUACCAUCACACAUGUUUACGGGAACCAAGGUGCAGUGGUGUUGCAGAUAUCGUGUUUCUCUGAGGCUGAGAGGAUCUACAUGUUAGCCAAAGACACAUCUGUCAGCAACCAGCAGCUCACCUCUCUUGUCCUACCAGAGAUCAUGCACAACAAGUUACCCAAAGGUGACUCGCCCCUACUGGUGUUUGUCAACCCUAAGAGCGGUGAGCUGAAGGGCAGAGAGCUCCUCUAUGGUUUCCGGAAGCUUCUGAACCCCCACCAAGUGUUUGACAUGACCAAUGGGGGACCAUUGUCUGGACUCCACACGUUUAGGGCGGUGCCCCGCUUCCGGGUGCUGGUGUGUGGGGGAGAUGGGACAGUGGGCUGGGUCCUGGGAGUCUUGGAGGCCAUCAGACACAAGCUGGUCUGUCCCGAGCCCCCCGUCGGCAUCGUCCCACUCGGCACAGGUAACGACCUGGCGCGGAUCCUGCGCUGGGGGGUGGGCUACAGCGGAGAGGACCCCCACCACAUCCUGGUGUCUGUGGACGAGGCGGAGGAGGUGCAGAUAGACCGUUGGACUAUUCUGCUGGAUGCACAGGAGAUCACAGAUGACGGCAAGGAGAACGGCUUCCUGGAACCACCAAAGAUAGUGCAGAUGAACAACUAUUUUGGGCUGGGCAUCGAUGCUGAAGUCAGUCUGGACUUCCACCAUGCCCGUCAAGAGGAACCAGGGAAGUUCAACAGCAGGUUUCACAACAAAGGUGUGUACCUGAAGGCGGGUCUGCAGAAGCUGAGUCACACACGGAACCUUCACAAGGACCUCAAACUACAGGUGGACAAGCAAGACAUAGAACUGCCCAGCAUAGAAGGCCUCAUCUUCCUAAACAUCCCCAGCUGGGGCUCCGGGGCAGACCUGUGGGGAUCAGAGGGUGACUCGCGCUACGGGAAACCUCGCAUUGACGAUGGCAUGCUGGAGGUGGUGGGGGUGACUGGGGUGGUACACAUGAGAAGGGUGCGACAAACAAAAAACAUCCAGUCAGCGGCAGUCCUGUGUGCGAAACGAGGUCAAAGGAGAAUGGAAAGAAUCGUGCAAGUGUGUUGUGUUGUCCAGGGCCAGGUGCAGAGCGGCAUGCGCUCUGGGAUCCGUCUCGCCCAGGGCAACUACGUGCGUAUCACAGCGACCAAGCCCAUCCCUGUGCAGGUGGAUGGAGAGCCCUGGAUCCAGGCCCCCGGACAUAUCAUCAUAUCUGCAGCAGGCCCAAAGGUGCGGAUGUUGAGGAAGUACAAACACAAGUAGAAGAAGCAGUCAGCCCCUCUUUUAGGCUGGCAAUCUGAAUGCCCUUCGUCCAGCGAUGGGGGACAAUGAGCCCCCCCCCCCAACAUCUGCUCCUCGGUGUCUCCGUGAGAGCAUGAUGGUCUGUUGGUUGCUCUAAACAGCUGUGACCUGUGUGCCCAGUAGGUUCUCAGAUGGUUUGUGUAGUUAGCACUUAUAGUUCCUGGAGUGGUACAUUGACAAAACAUUUAGCAGUCACUCCCAUUAUCAUCUUAAUGUUUAUCAAUUUCACAGUUGUUGGGUUCGGUUUGCCCCUGUUAGGAUCCUUCAGAUUAGCUUCUUGUCUAAUUUGUUGGUUUAUUUUUUGGUUUUCAGUCCAUCAGAGUUGUAAUGUCCUGGUAUUUUAUGAGCGACAUACAUGGUAACAAUUUUAUAGUGGUACUAUCUGGUACUUAUUAAAAAUGAUUCAAUAAUACAUUUUGAAACAAAUAGUACUAAGUAGAAUUUGGUACCAAGUAGUUACAAUGAAUCAAUAAGAUACCAAGACGUACUAUAUAUAUAUACAUACAUACAUACAUACACACACACACACACACACAUACACAUACACAUACACAUACAUACAAUUUUGUGGACACCCCUUCAAAUAAGUGGAUUCGGCUAUUUCAGCCACACCCGUUUCUCGAGCACACAGCCAUGCAAUCUCUAUAGACAAACAUACAUACAUACAUACAUACACACACACAAUUUUGUGGACACCCCUUCAAAUAAGUGGAUUCGGCUAUUUCAGCCACACCCGUUUCUCGAGCACACAGCCAUGCAAUCUCUAUAGACAAACAUUGGCAGUAGAAGGGCCUUCCUGAAGAUCUCAGUGACUUUCAACGUGGCAUAGGAUGCCCUCAUAGGAUGCCACCUUUCCAUCAAGUCAGUUUGCCAAAUUUUUGCCCUGCUAGAGCUUCCCCGGUCAACUGUAAGUGCUGUUAUAGUGAAGUGGAAACAUCUAGGAGCAACGGCUCAGCCGCGAACUGGUAGGCCACAGAACGGGACCGCCGGGUGCUGAGGUGUGUAGCUCGUAAAAAUUGUCUGUCCUCUGUAGAAACACUCCCUACCGAGCUUCCGAACUGCCUCUGGAAGCAACGUCAGUACAAGAACUGUUCGUUUGGAGCAUCAUGAAAUGGGUUUCCAUCGCUGAGCAGCCUCACACCAGCCUAAGAUUACCAUGCGCAACGCCAAGCGUCGGCUGGAGUGGAAACCCAUUGGACUCUGGAGCACUUGAAACAUGUUCUCUGGAGUGAUGAAUCACACUUCACUGUCCGACGGACUAAUCUGGUUAUGGCGGAUGCCAGGAGAACGUUACCUGCCCUAAUAAUGGUCUGGGGCUGUUUUUCAUGGUUCAGGCUAGCCCCCCCAUGCACAAAGUGAGGUCCAUACAGAAAUGGUUUGUCGAGACGUGUGGAAGAACUUGACUGGCCUGCGCAGAGCCCUGACCUUUGGGAUGAAUUGGAAUGCUGACUGCGAGCCAGGCCUAAUUGCCUAACAUCAUUGCCUGACCUCACUAAUGCUCUUGUUGCUGAAUUUAAGCAUGUCCCCGCAGCAAUGUUCCAACAUCUAAUGGAAAGCCUAACAGAAGAGUGGAGGCUGUUUAUAGCAGCAAAGCGGGGACCAACUUUUGGAAUGAGAUGUUUGACGAGCAGGUGUCCACAUACUCUUGGUCAUAUAGUGUAUUUAUAAGAUGUAAUUACACUGCUACCAUGUAAAUACCAGACUGUAAAAUAAAGUGUAAAUGUUGCUUUUUCGAA